UUCUACUUUAUUUUGCUUUCUUUUGAGUUAGGAUUUUUAUGAUACUUAGCUGCUAAGAAUAAUUAUUUUUAUGGAUAUGAUUUUUUCGUGGGUUGAAUUUACGAUCCCACUCUGCUGUUGUACAGUUUACGGUGCCAUUACGGAGUGAGGCAGCGAGAAUGUUGAAAGCGUUUUCGCGAUUUUCUCUGUUCUCUGCUUCACGGAUUGCCAGCGUGACUGACGGAUUUUUAGCUCCUCAUCCCGUCCAGCGAUGGAGGACCGGACGUGGUCUGUGCACGCAAUCCGGUAGUGAUAAUGCCGCGACGGAGGAGGACGGUUGCGAUGGCGACACGGCAGCGCCGCUGCACGGGAUUCGCGUCUUGGAUCUGACACGGAUUCUUGCCGGACCGCUCUGCACCAUGCUCCUGGCCGAUAUGGGCGCCGAAGUGAUCAAAAUUGAAAAGCCAGGUGAAGGCGACGAGACGCGGCGUUGGGGACCGCCGUUCGUGCAGGGCGUCAGCUGCUAUUUCCUGGCCGUCAAUCGCAACAAGCAGAGUGUGGCCGUGGAUAUUUCCCGACCGGAAGGAUCCCAUUUAAUUCGCCAGUUGGCCGGCCAGUGCGACGUGCUGAUGCACAACUUCCUCCCGGGAAAGUUGGAAAAGUACGGACUGGGAUAUUCCGAUCUGAAGCAGGCCAAUCGCCAGAUAAUAUAUUGCUCCAUUACCGGCUACGGCGAGGACGGACCGUACCGGCAUCGCGGCGGCUACGAUGUCAUCGCGUCGGCCAUCGGCGGCAUGAUGCACAUCACCGGUCCGCAGGAGGGUGAGCCGUGCAAAAUCGGUACGGCCAUGACGGAUAUUUCCACCGGUCUCUACGCUCACGGCGCCAUUCUGGCGGCAUUAUUGCGGCGGAAUCGCAGCGGGGAAGGCGCGUACAUCCAGUGUAAUUUGCUGGCCACCCAGGUGGCUAAUCUGGUCAACCUGGCCAGUAAUUACCUCAACACCGGCGUGGAGCCGCGGCGCUGGGGCACCGCCCACGAGAGCAUCGUGCCCUACCAGUCCUUCCGCACCAAAGAUGACGAGUAUCUCGUCGUCGGUGCCGGCUCGGAUGCGCAGUUCACCGCGCUCUGCCAGCUGCUACAGGUGGACUACGCCAACCAACCGGCUUUCCGCACCAACGCGGACCGCGUGGCCCACCGCGACCACCUGAUCAGCCUGCUGACCGGUGUUUUCCAGCAGAAGACCCUGGCGGAGUGGUUGACCGUCCUCCGUCCGGCCACCUUCCCCUACGGCCCGGUCAACAGCUUCCAGCGGGUCUUUGCGGAUCCGCAGGUGCAGUGGCUGCGCUUGGUCGAGGAGGUCGAGCACCCCGUCGCCGGACGGGUAAGGAUGGUCGGAGCACCGGUCAGGUGGGCGGAGGAAAAGAACGGGUUCCGGCCGCGGGUGCGCCGCUGCCCCCCGGGACUGGGGGAGCACACCGACGCGGUGUUGACGCGGAUUGCGGGGGUGGGGAAGGAGGAGCUGCGGGAACUGCGAGAACGCGGUGUCGUGGCGUAAAUGUAGCUGAUGGUGGGGUCGUGGCGUCUUCCAAUUAUUGGGUCGUUGCACACGGUGAACGUUAUUAUCGUCGAUUGUGAUAAAUAUUGGGAAAUUGGAUUAAAUGCCGUUGUUGGUUGUAGUUGAUUUUUGCAUGAUUUUUAGCAGUCACUGUUGGUUUUUAUGUUUCAUUUUUUAUUGUUAUUAUUAUUACGGCACGAGAGCAGACAACCCCGAAGGACUGGUCGAAAAAGAAAACAGUCUUACGCUAUUAUAGCACUUAAGACGGAUCAACAGAUUUGAGUAGAAACUCAAAAGCAGGUACAGGACCGGCAUGCGGAGUUGGCGGAUUUUAUCAAGAGAACGCAUUUUGACUGCACGCCCCAAGAUCACUAAUGGGACUAACGAUUUUGGAUGUUUUUUCAAUGUUUAAAUUCUGAUCAUUUUAAGUAGUGUAAACCUGUGCUAGCCCAUCUGAUCUGUAAGCUGACUGGUGUCGAAUAAAAAUUGUAA